UUCUGUUCACCUGGUUGUCAGGAGCCAGCUGGCCAACGGGGGAGGCACUCUUCCCCGCGGGACUCUGCACUCCCAGACUGCUCAGGACGGGCUCCAGAUCGAAGGUCUUCACACUCAUUCUGAUCUGCUGCAGUCAUUCAAAUGAUGGAAAAGAGCGAAGGGAAUCUUGGCAAAUCUCCAGAACAAGAUCAACAUGAGGAUCAUCGAUCAGACGCCAUGUCACAUCCCAUCAGGUUCCCGACAAUUUAGCAGCAUAUCGACUAUUCCCCAUUGCACUGCGAGAUAUUUCAGGCACUUCUCGGAAAGAUUACAACCCGCAACCGUAUGACCUGAAAAAUGAAACCAUAUUUACAUUAGCAACUCCAAUGGAACCGGAAAUGAGCUGCCACUUGGCAGGCCCAUUGGAAUCGGAAGUGCGCGUCGCUUGACGGCUUGAUGCACGAUGAGGUGCGAUACCACCUCCACCGAAACUGGAAUGGAAUGCACAACUGAACUGAGCCACUGGCCAGUUCCAUCAAUGUUGGAGAAAUUCAAAUCGUUUUUGAACACGUCUUAUAAAACAUGUUUCGACAUGUUUUUAUCUUCAUAGUCGGGCUGCCAAAAAUUAGACAUGCAGAAUGUGCAGAUUGUGUAUUUAGUUGAUCACACUUCGUAGCAUGGUUGAUUUUAAUUCGUUCCCAGUUUUCGAUGAUGUUCGGGGCCGUAUACAACCGUUUUGGGAAGAUCAUCAGUUUUUUCAGUACCAUCGUUAAUCAAAUUUUGUUGCGCUGGAAUCGAAACACGGGAUCCUCUCGUGAGCAAAGCAAGAAGAUGUGUAUCCCAGGCACAGUUGCUGCGGAGAUUCCAAAUCGACAAAUUCCGCCCGAUGAUGCUGCUACCACAUUAUUGACGACACUGCGAAACACGAACAUGCGAGCAACUGCAGGAUUUAUGUCCCGCAUUCUGCUCAAAGACUGGACGCGAAUAAUCACCGCUCUGGUUAUUUUGCUCGUUGCUCGCUACUGGAUUGCUGGUAUGACUGAUGACAAAUGCGCCCGGCAUUCAGUUGUAAAAUUUGAAGACGGUUUGCAAGAAUGCCGGGAAGCUUGUAUGCCGGCGCACAUUUCGCAGGGUGUUGUCGACUCCGUUGUCACUGUAAACUUCUCCGGAUUGCUGUGGCGUGUCGUCCGUAACGAUUUCGAAGGUGCGCCGCUGGUGAGCAGCCGGCACGUCUGGGUGGACAAGACCGGAAGUCUGCGCAUCAAGAUGGACCGCUGCGUCGGCGCCCAUCUGUACACGGUUGACCUUUUCUGGUUCGGAUUCUACCGAUUCUCCAUCGCCGGCGGCGUCGAUGACACGUUCCAUCCGACGGCGGCUGAACUCUCUUUCUCUCUCGCCGAGGAUAACAACGUGACUAUCCGGUUUGAAAGCGAUCGACGACCGCGAAAGCCUACCUUCGGCAUGGAGUAUUUGGUUUCCGAUGAGAAAAUAUCCGAAUUCCAUGCGGAUGAUUUUCUGUUGACGGAAUACCAUAUCCUUCGUACGCCUACCAAAAUUGCCUUCCGAUCGUUCCAAGGACACGGGAGACCGUUCGUAUUUCGAGAUCAGGAUGCUAGUGUGUUUGCACCGGAAGACGGACGACGGCGUAUUCCCCAGACCGAAAUGCCGGUGCAUAUUCGGCUGGUGGCAGGGAAUGCCACGGAUUGUGAUGCGGAUGCCGGGAUGGUGGAAGUUGUUAUCAGGGCGUUUCGGUACGAGUCGUUGUAACUUGCAAUGUUCCGUUUAGCAUGACUCCAAGGAUUUCUGUUCCGUUUUCAUAGGGAUCUCUUGUUUAAUCUUUGAUCUUUUUAUCUCUUAAGUUGCCAAGAUGUUUUUAGUUCUAGGAAAAUUACCUCGACGUUUACGUUUAAUGCAUGUUGAUACGUUAACGUUGAUGAUGCUGUUCUUCUAUAGAAGUACGAGUACAGUGUGAUUGUCCUAAAAGUAAUACUUACUUAUC